GAGUGAAUCUAAACGGAGAAGCCGCAAAACAAACCCCAUUGAGUUGCACUCUGCCGCUAGUGGCGUAAUCAUCACAUGGCAAGCUCAAGCCCAAAGUAUUUAAGGCGCCUGUUUCGCACUUUCAGCACCACAGCCACCUCCAACAAGUUGGCAGCCGCCAACUUUGACUCACACCACAACUGUAACGGAGGGAGGAGAACUUUGUUGAAGAUGCCCAGGUCGUUUCUCGUGGAUUCGCUCAUUGUCAGGGACUCCAACGAGAAGGCGUCCCCCAGUGUGUUUGAUAGCAACACGCCUUUACUGCCUUACGCCGUGCAUCCCUCUCAUUCUCUGGCUCUAUCGGCUGGGUCCUGUCAUUCACGGAAGUCAGGCUUGCUGUGUGUAUGCCCCCUGUGUGUUACGGCUUCUCAGCUCCAUCCAGGACCACCUGGUAUCCCAUUCCUUAAGGCGCAGUUCCCCAACUUUAGCCCACAGUACUGUCACUCGGCACUUGGCAGGCACCACCGAACCAGCACAUUGACCGUCGACCAUGGACCAAGCAUCUACUCAGCCGCUUAUCCCAUGGCAGACCCGGGACCGUUUCAUUGUCUCUCUCUCGCUUCCGAGAGCAGUACUAGUCAACUCCAGAGCAGCAAGCGAAUGCGCACCGCCUUCACCAGUACUCAGCUAUUGGAGCUGGAGAGGGAAUUCGCUUCCAAUAUGUACCUGUCCCGUCUCCGGAGGAUCGAAAUCGCCACCUACUUGAACCUGUCGGAGAAACAGGUGAAGAUCUGGUUUCAGAACCGUCGGGUCAAGCACAAAAAGGAAGGGAAGAGCGGGAGUUUGCAGCGCGCCCACCCCAACUGCAAGUGCAACUCCCUGAUAUCGGCCAAGUGCGGUGGGGAGGAAGCAGGGUCGCCCAUGUCACCCUCAUCACCGGGCAAAGACGACAGAGACUUGACAGUCACUCCGUGAGAGCCUUGAAAAUAAAACUCAGCCAAACCAACGCAGCCAAGAGUCAUCAACCAUUCUUCCGCCUUGCAUUUAAAACAAAAGACCUUUAAUAUGUUGCCUUUUUCAAAACAGAUAUGUAAAUAAAUCCCUAAUGGAGAAUUCCCCCGAGUGAUCCCAGCACGGACUCUAAAAAAAUCCGAGCAACAGCAUUAGAACAUGUAAUUAAAUGUAUAAAACGCUCUUCUCUAGCUAUAAGUUCUUUAAAAAAGAAAGUUAAGGUGCGCAUUUG